AUGUCAACUGAGACAGAACUUCAAGUAGCUGUGAAAACCAGCACCAAGAAAGACUCCAGAAAGAAAGGUCAGGAUCGCAGUGAAGCCACUUUGAUAAAGAGGUUUAAAGGCGAAGGCGUCCGGUACAAGGCCAAACUGAUUGGGAUUGAUGAGGUUUCUGCAGCUCGGGGAGACAAGUUAUGUCAAGAUUCCAUGAUGAAGCUCAAGGGCGUUGUUGCUGGCGCUCGUUCCAAAGGAGAACACAAACAGAAAAUCUUUUUAACCAUCUCCUUUGGAGGAAUCAAAAUCUUUGAUGAGAAGACAGGGGCCCUUCAGCAUCAUCAUGCUGUUCACGAAAUUUCCUACAUUGCAAAGGACAUCACAGACCACCGAGCCUUUGGAUACGUUUGUGGGAAGGAAGGGAAUCACAGAUUUGUGGCUAUAAAAACAGCCCAGGCGGCUGAACCUGUUAUUCUGGACUUGCGAGAUCUGUUUCAACUCAUUUAUGAAUUGAAGCAAAGAGAAGAAUUGGAAAAAAAGGCACAAAAGGAUAAGCAGUGUGAACAAGCUGUGUACCAGACAAUUUUGGAAGACGAUGUCGAAGACCCUGUAUACCAGUACAUUGUGUUUGAGGCUGGACACGAGCCAAUCCGUGAUCCCGAAACAGAAGAAAACAUUUAUCAGGUUCCCACCAGCCAAAAGAAGGAAGGUGUUUAUGAUGUGCCAAAAAGUCAACCUGCUGUGACCCAGUUAGAACUUUUUGGGGACAUGUCAACCCCUCCUGAUAUAACCUCUCCCCCUACUCCUGCAACUCCAGGUGAUGCCUUUAUCCCGUCUUCAUCUCAGACACUUCCGGCGAGUGCGGACAUGUUUGGUUCUGUACCUUUCGGCACUGCUGCUGUACCCUCAGGUUAUGUGGCAAUGGGCGCCGUCCUCCCAUCCUUCUGGGGCCAGCAGCCCCUUGUCCAACAGCAGAUCGCCAUGGGUGCUCAGCCACCAGUCGCUCAGGUGAUGCCGGGGGCUCAGCCCAUCGCAUGGGGCCAGCCGGGGCUCUUCCCUGCCCCUCAGCAGCCCUGGCCAGCUGUUGCCGGGCAGUUUCCGCCAGCUGCCUUCAUGCCCGCACAAACUGUUAUGCCUUUGCCAGCCGCCAUGUUCCAAGGUCCCCUCACCCCCCUUGCAACUGUCCCAGCCACAAGUGACUCCACCAGGUCAAGUCCGCAGACCGACAAGCCCAGACAGAAAAUGGGGAAAGAAAUGUUUAAGGAUUUCCAGAUGGCCCAGCCUCCACCAGUGCCGUCCCGCAAACCCGACCAACCCUCCCUCACCUGUACCUCAGAGGCCUUCUCCAGUUACUUCAACAAAGUCGGGGUGGCACAGGAUGCAGACGACUGUGAUGACUUUGACAUCUCGCAGUUGAAUUUGACCCCUGUGACUUCUACCACGCCAUCAACCAACUCACGUGAGUUGCCGUUCCCUUGAGACAUAAAACCCAAAGAGUCUCCAACCAAAUCAUCUGCGUCCCACGCCAGCGACCCCACUGCAGAUGACAUCUUCGAAGAAGGAUUUGAAAGUCCCAGCAAAAGCGAAGAGCAAGAAGCUCCUGAUGGAUCACAGGCCUCAUCCAACAGUGAUCCAUUUGGUGAGCCCAGUGGGGAGCCCAGUGGUGAGCCCAGUGGUGAUAAUAUAAGUCCACAGGCCGGUAGCUAG